UCUGAGGAGCACAUAUAUAAAGGCUGCUUUGAUCAGCACACUGUCACCACAACCUCUCUGACUCCACCUGUGGACAGGCGAGACAACACUGCUGCCAACACAGAGGAAGACAUGGUGUCAAUCAGAGCUACGGUGAUGGUGAUCACAAUCCUUACUGUCUGUGUGCUGGUGACACACACAGACUCAUCUGCAGUGCCUCACGGAUGCUGUCGAGGUUACAUGAAAACCAAACUUCCAUUUCCUGUAAUCAGAGGUUACUCAGUCCAGACCCGGAGAGAGCUGUGUCCCAUCAAUGCCAUCAUUUUCCACACACAGAAGGGAAAAGCAUGCACCGAUCCUGCUUUGAACUGGGUGAUGGACUAUGUCAACCGCCUAAGGAAUAAAGCUCAAAUGGUUCACAUCAAGAACUCAAAAAUGUAGAAAAAGACCCUCGAGGAUUAAGAUCUUCUGCUCUUUGAAAGGAGAGACCACGGAGCCUAGCUAAGCCAGAAAUCCCUUCUCAGCCUCCACUGUUAUCCACAAACCAAUGACGUUUUAUAGUCAUAUAAUUCAACUAACUCCUAUUUCACAAAACUUCUGAAAAUGGCUGUUAUGCAAUACAGGUCAGCUCUACAAUCAGCUCUGUUAUAAGAGCAUUGUAUGAUAUUAUAUGUGCGUGUAAGAUUUUGUAUUUGUGUAAAAUGUAACAAACAAGCAAUAAAGUUUUGAUUAAAAAAAAGUGUCUUACUGAAAA